ACACCGCAGUCGCUCUUCUCUCGCAGUUGCGUUUUCUACGCCGCUCAAAGUUGAGCGAAAUUAUUUGCCUAUAGCAAAGUGCAGGUCGCGUCGUAAGGGAAAAUGUCCAGCAACAGGGACUCUUUCAGCAUCGCCCACCUGUUGGCCAGGCCGCAACCACCGGUGUGUCCAGCCGAUUCGACCGGUCACCGACCUCUGCCGUUCCUGACCCAAGGUCAUCUUGUGCAGACGAGGACCAUGGUGCCCUUGGAGGACGCGCACGGCGUCGACUCGACGUCACCUGGGAUCGGAGUAGAUUCAGAAGAGAGUUGUGCUGCCGAAGAUGAGGGAAUGUCAUCACCGCUGGGAAAAGAAGCGGAUGAGCGCAAAAAGAGGCCGCGAACCGCCUUCACAGCCACGCAAAUUAAAGCACUUGAAGCCGAAUUUGAGCGCAACAAGUACUUGUCCGUGUCAAAAAGACUGCAUUUGUCAAGAACCCUGCACCUCACCGAAACACAGAUAAAAAUUUGGUUUCAAAACAGACGCACUAAAUGGAAAAGAAAGUACACAAAUGACCUGGAACUAGUCGCCCAACAAUACUACACAGCCCUAGGAGUGGCCGCACCAAGACCUUUGUUCCUCGGAGACAGACUUUGGUUCUUCAAUUACCCGCCUGUGCCGAGUGGAACUUAUCUGCCCUCAGGUCAGGUCAUGCCCCCCACCCAGCCGCAUCCCAUGGGCUACCUACAUCCACCGGCGGGACCACCACCACCUGGAAUGCUCCAAGAACACUUCAUGAUGGGCAACCCCCCGUCACAGGUGCCACCUUUUUUGCAAAGGUUCGAUUUGGACUUCAGUGGACACAACACGCCCAGCAGCAGUCGAGACCAAAGCUGAAUUGACAAUUUAAUAUUUUCAUGUGUGCCUUUCUACAAAAUUAAUUUAUUUUAAUUUUUAAACAUUGUGUGAAGUAUUUUCUUUGUAACAAACAAAUUAUCAAGAAUUCGUCUAUAAAGAAUAAUUUAUUUGCAAAUUUUGAAUUUUGUUAUCAUUCAUCAUGGUGAACUGACAGACCUGCUGAGUUCCGAAGCGUAAAAGUCCUCAUCCCCAAAUUUCAAAUCAACUCCGACGCCCAUGGUUGGGUAGUUUGCGCCGU